AUGCAGAAUUUGGAAUUUUGGGUAUCCGAGAAGUUGCAUGAUGUGAUCGGCUUGAGUGACCGUCAUGUAGCCGAGUUUAUGGUGGCUUUGGUCAAGAAAUGCAACAGUGCCGACAGUUUCUUGUCGAGGCUCAAAGAAACCGUACCGGUGAACGAUCGCGUCUCGGAGUUUGCUAGGGAGCUGUGGUCGAAAGUACCUAGGGAAUCCACUCAUCCAACAACCAGCAACACCGCAGCUGAAAACCGGCUCAAAGAAAAACGUGCAUUGGAGUUCCAGCAAUGGAACAGUUCUUUUCAGCUUUUGCCUGAUCAGCAGAGCGACGAAGAAAAACGGUCCCGUUCGCCAGUGCACAAAAAGAAGCACCUUCGAAUGCGUCAUAAAGUCAACAGCAGCAGCGACGAUGAAAAGGAAGUGGCCCGGGAUACUUCGAGCAAAGCGAAGAAGAAAUUGAAGGUUAAAGUUGAAGAGGAGGAUGAAUUGGAAAAAUUCGAGAAAGAGCGGCUGGUCGACCUCGAAGAACGUGAUGCUUUGGCUCAACGACUGAAAAAGAAAGACAAGGAGAAGACUAGGCAUAUCGUUGAAAAGUCUGAUCGAAAGGUAAAUGAAUGGCUUUUAAGGUAAUU